UCGGGCUAGCCGGCUAGCUAUCGGCAGCCUGCCCAAUGGCCGCGGCUCAUGAGAAGCUCGGCGUCGUCGAGCUCCUGCACCGUCUUCGCCGGAGCACCGCGGCCAUGCUCCACGGUGCAAUGUCCCUCCUGUGCUCGCUCUCCAGGGCGUACGCGCAUCACCAGGUCAGGGAGCGCGUGGCGAGGUCGCGGCGUGCGCUCCGGUGCGGCGCCGGGCAGGCGUGGCGGAGCGCGGUCACCGCCCUCCCGCUGGCCGGCCCGCUCGCCGUGCACGUCGCCUACUUCCUUGCUAUAUCCUGCCUCGGGUACGGCCUCCUCGGGAAGCUCAAGGUGCGCGACCCCGGCAGGGCGCCCCGCGGCGUCGACCGCUUCUUCACCGCCGUGUCGGCCGCCACGGUGUCGAGCAUGUCCACCGUCGAGAUGGAGGUGUUCUCCAACGGACAGCUCGUCGUGCUCACCGUCCUGAUGUUCAUCGGCGGAGAGGUGUUCAUAUCGCUCGUAGAGCUUGCGUCCAAGUGGUCCAAGAUGAGGAGACAGCGCAUAUACAAAUCCCGGCGCGUCGAGAGCCACGGCGAGAUCGCGCUUCAGGCGCCGGCGAUCGCCGACGUCGAGAACCCAGCGUCGAUGAUCACGUCGACGACGACGACAGAGGACGCAACCGGCACUACGGACGCGAACACGCUGCGGCACAAUGCAGUGCGCGCGCUGUUCUACAUCGUGCUCGCCAUCCUCGUGGUGGUGCACGUGCUCGGCGCCGUCGCCGUCGCGGCCUACGUGUACGCGUCGCCGGGCGCGAGGCGGACACUGAGGGGCAAGUCACUGAACCUGUGGACCUUCGCGGUGUUCACGACGGUGUCGACGUUCUCGAACUGCGGGUUCAUGCCGACGAACGAGAACAUGGCGGUGUUCAAGCGCGACGCGCCGCUGCAGCUGCUGCUGGUGCCGCAGGCGCUGGUGGGCAACACGCUGUUCCCGCCGCUGCUGGCCGCGUGCGUGCGGGCGGCGGCGGCGGCGACGCGGCGGGAGGAGCUCCUGGAGCUGAUCAGGAAGGGCAGUGUGGUGGUGGCGGGUUACUACCACCUGCUGCCGGCGCGCCGGUGCUGGAUGCUGGCGGCGACGGUGACCGCGUUCCUCGCCGCGCAGGUGGCGCUGGUGUGCGGCAUGGAGUGGGGCGGCACGCUUCAGGGGAUGAGCCCGUGGGAGAAGGUGGUGAACGCGCUGUUCCUCGCCGUGAACUCCCGGCACACCGGCGAGUCCACCGUCGAUCUCUCCACCCUCGCGCCGGCCAUCCUCGUGCUCUUCGUGCUCAUGAUGUAUCUACCUCCAUACACGACGUGGUUUCCGUUUGAAGAGAAUUCCAAUGCUAAGGAUAAUACUGCAGAGAACCAGGGAAUCAGAUUGCUCAAGAGUACAGUUUUGUCACAACUCUCCUACCUGACCAUCUUUGUCAUUGCUAUCUGCAUCACCGAGAGGAGAAAGCUCAAAGAAGACCCACUCAAUUUCAACGUGCUAAGCAUUAUUGUCGAAGUCGUCAGUGCAUAUGGAAAUGUGGGGUUCUCAAUGGGCUACAGUUGCAGUAGACAGAUCAAUCCGGACCAUCUCUGCACAGAUAGAUGGACCGGCUUUGUUGGGAGGUGGAGUGACUCUGGCAAACUCAUAUUCAUUUUUGUAAUGUUCUUUGGGAGGCUCAAGAAGUUCAGCAUGGAAGGAGGCAAAGCCUGGAAACUUAGUUAGAUGCAAUGCCAGUUGUACAUUUGCAGGAACCU